GCCGGAUGUCUUGGGUUUUCUUUCCAUUCUGUUCUGUUCUCCUGAUACCACCUCAUUGCUAGACGUAGGCACUAGACGUGACAGUCAACUACAUCUGAACUGAGCAGAGAAGAGGUAGUGAAGGCAGAGAGUGCAGGAGACAUGUCUCAAAGGCAGCCUCAGUCACCUAAUCAGACUUUAAUUUCCAUCACAAAUGAUACAGAAUCAUCAAGCUCUGUCGUCUCCAACGAUACCACACAUAAAGGAUGGACCGGAGACAACUUUCCAGGAAUAGAAGCACUGUGUGCCAUCUAUAUCACUUAUGCUGUGAUCAUUUCAGUGGGCAUCCUCGGAAAUGCCAUCCUCAUCAAAGUCUUUUUCAAGACUAAAACCAUGCAAACAGUUCCAAAUAUUUUCAUCACCAGCCUGGCUUUUGGAGACAUGUUACUUCUGCUGACUUGUGUGCCCGUGGAUGCAACCCACUACCUGGCAGAGGGCUGGCUGUUUGGGAAGAUCGGUUGUAAAGUGCUUUCCUUCAUCCGGCUCACUUCUGUCGGUGUGUCAGUGUUCACGCUAACAAUUCUCAGCGCUGACAGAUACAAAGCGGUCGUGAAACCACUUGAGCGACAGCCCUCCAAUGCUCUUCUGAAGACCUGCGCAAAAGCCGGUGGCAUCUGGAUCGUGUCUAUGAUAUUUGCUCUGCCAGAGGCUAUAUUCUCAAAUGUAUACACUUUCCAAGAUCCUAACAGAAAUGUGACAUUUGAGUCAUGUAACUCCUACCCUGUCUCUGAGAGGCUCUUGCAAAAAAUCCAUUCUCUGUUGUGUUUCUUAGUGUUCUAUAUUAUCCCACUCUCGAUUAUCUCUGUCUAUUAUUCUUUGAUUGCCAGGACUCUUUACAAAAGCACCAUGAAUAUACCUACUGAGGAACAAAGCCAUGCCCGAAAGCAGAUUGAGUCCCGGAAGAGAAUUGCCAAAACAGUAUUGGUGCUGGUGGCCCUGUUUGCUGUCUGCUGGUUGCCGACUCACCUCCUGUACCUCUACCACUCCUUCACUUACGAAAGCUAUGAAGACCCCUCGGCCGUUCCUUUCAUUGUCACCAUUUUCUCUCGGGUGCUGGCUUUCAGUAAUUCCUGUGUGAAUCCCUUUGCUCUUUACUGGCUGAGCAAGACCUUCCAGAAGCAUUUUAAAGCUCAGCUCUGCUGCUUCAAGGCAGAGCUGCCUGAGCCUUCUCUUGGUGACACCCCUCUUACCAACCUCACUGUGAUGGGGCGGGUCCCGGGUACUGGGAGCACACAUGUGUCUGAAAUUAGUGUGACCGUGUUCAGUGGCUGUAGCGUGAAGAAGGGAGAGGACAAAGUUUAGCUUUUCCACUGAAAAAAAAAAAUGGUGGUUUUUUAGUCUCAUUGCGUGUAUCCAAUCCGGCUUUAAGGUGUGCAUAGUAUGGUGUCUGGGUUUUUGUUGUUUAUGAAUUGUUUUGAAGUUUUCAGAAUGAAUUAUCCCUGUAAGUAAAAGACAAAACGUCAUUUUCUUCAAGGUGCAAACAGCAAUGCCAUUUGGGCUUUCUAAAUACAAUGAAGCCCACCAAGUAGGGAAAAGCAGGUUUGAAAAUGCCAGUCAACUGUGAAGAACGCUGUAUAGGAGAGAUGGUAAAUGACCAAGACAAAUGUUUAAAAAUCGAAUUGGAGCCCUCCUUUGUGAUGCUCAUCUCUCACGUACUCAUGUGGUUGUCAUAAAAUAGUGUUUGUGCUCAUUGUGUGCUGUAAAUCUAGAGAUUCUACUCCGUAAGUGAGAUCAAAAAGAGAUAAAACAUCUCUCAUGGUGUUUUGUAAAACACACACACACACACACACACACACACACACACACACACACACACACACAUACACACACACGCACACACACGAGUGCACGCACACACGCACGCACGCACGCAUGCACACGUGCGUGCGCGCGCGCGCGCACACACACACGCACAUAUAUAUAUAUACUUUCACAGAGUGACUGCUUUUUUCCUUCAAUCAUCAUUCCACUCUAAGAAGUCUUGCAAUUGAAAUGAAAAGGUUUGAGAGUCGGAGGGUGUUAAGCACUGAGUCUGGGGCAGGGUGCUUCCCUUGCUGGGUCAACACUGCUGACUUUGUGGAUUCUACUGCCAUUGGUUAAUAACUAGACAGAGCCAUCUCUCAUAAACAUUGUGAAGAAUUUGUCUUAAUAGGCAGAACAGAGAGCCAUCGUGUUGGUGGGCCCCAGAGGAAGAUUCCUGUCCAAGUUUCUAAUCUGUCUGAAAUUCUUUCCUUGAAGGAAACUCAUUUUAUUUGGGUGAGCAGUGCCCUCUUUCUAAAAACCUGCAGAACUGCCACUUGGGAUCUCCAUCACCUGGUUGUCCGAGCAUCAUCACAUCAUCUACCUGCUUGAUAUUACUCAACUUGAUGGGUGCCAAAGUCCUAGAGCUCAGCUCUGUUUCUACAAGUCAGACAGAAGGCUCUGACUUUCUAUCCUCUGCUACAACUUGCUAACACAAAUAAGCUUGUUACUCACUGUAAUUGGGGGGGGGGACCUUGUAGUCAGUAGAUUUGCCAGAUUUAAAUUUAUGCUUUCAGAAAAUGUAUUCUUGAAGUAAACUAAAGCUUAUCUUUGGCGCUAUAGUUACAUUUGUAUUUUUAAAAACUUGAUUUUUUUUAGAGUGCUUUUGGUAUUUUUGAGCUUUAAAUGGCUUGUGCCGUUGUGAACUUCUGCUAAUUAUGUGGCUCAAGCGGGGGUGGGACAUAUAUUAACACUGGGAUUUAAAUGUCCUUAAAAUUGGCUUGCUUAAAGUGGGGGUGCUAAUAUCGUAUUAACAUUACUUUAAAAAGUGAGCAAAAUUGUUGUAAAAAAUUUGGA